GCGGGCGUGACGGGCGGUGCGAUUGGCCGCUGGGCGGCGGGGGGGCGGGCCCCGGCGGCAGCGGCCUCCCGGGGCUGGGGUCCGUCUCGGCGGCAGCAGCGGAAGUCUCGCGAGGGAGCGUAGCCGGGAUUUGGCGGCUGGCUGCCUCCCUCCCUCUCGCUGGCUGUGAGGAGCUGGUGUUUGUGUGGAAGGGGGAGGAGGAGGAGAAGGAAGGGACGCGAGAGGAACCCGAGCACCACCAUCCGCCGAGGGGAGCGGAGCGGAGCCCCCACGCCGGCCGCCGAGAGAGCUCUGUCCCCCUGCCGCCCCCUCGCCCCGCCAUGGCCUCGGGAGACACCCUGUACAUCGCCACCGACGGCUCGGAGAUGCCGGCCGAGAUCGUGGAGCUGCACGAGAUCGAGGUGGAGACCAUCCCGGUGGAGACCAUCGAGACCACCGUAGUGGGCGGCGAGGAGGACGAGGAGGAGGAGGACGAGGACGAGUGCUGCGAGGACUGCGGCCCGCACCACCCGCCGCACCACUACCACCACCACCAGCCCAUGAUCGCCCUGCAGCCCCUCGUCUCGGACGGAGACCCCAGCGGGGCGGGCGGCGGCGCGGCCGGCGGCGGCGGGGGGCAGCUCCACCUGCACCACCACCACCAGGAGGUGAUCCUGGUGCAGACCCGCGAAGAGGUUGUGGGGGGCGACGACUCGGACGGGCUGCGGGCCGACGACGGCUUCGAGGACCAGAUUCUCAUCCCGGUGCCGGCCCCCGCCGGCGAGGACGAGUACAUAGAGCAGACCCUGGUCACCGUGGCCGCCGCCGGCAGCAAGAGCGGAGGCGGCGGUUCCUCCUCGGCCGGGGGGGGAGGCCGCGUGAAGAAGGGCGGCAGCGGCAAGAAGAGCAGCAAGAAGAGUUACCUGAGCGGGGGAGGCGGCGGCGGGGCCGAGGGCGGCGGCGGCAGGAAAUGGGAGCAGAAGCAGGUGCAGAUCAAGACCCUGGAGGGGGAGUUCUCGGUCACCAUGUGGGCCUCGGAUGAUAAAAAAGAUAUUGACCAUGAAACAGUGGUGGAAGAGCAGAUCAUUGGAGAGAAUUCUCCUCCAGAUUACUCAGAGUACAUGACAGGAAAGAAGCUUCCUCCUGGUGGAAUACCUGGCAUUGACCUCUCGGACCCUAAGCAGCUGGCUGAAUUUGCUAGAAUGAAGCCAAGAAAAAUUAAGGAAGAUGAUGCUCCACGUACGAUAGCUUGUCCUCACAAAGGCUGCACAAAGAUGUUCAGGGACAACUCUGCUAUGAGGAAGCAUCUGCACACUCAUGGCCCUCGAGUACAUGUAUGUGCAGAAUGUGGCAAGGCCUUUGUGGAGAGCUCGAAACUAAAGCGACAUCAACUAGUUCAUACUGGAGAGAAACCCUUUCAGUGUACAUUUGAAGGAUGUGGAAAGCGUUUUUCACUGGACUUCAAUUUACGCACACAUGUGCGAAUUCAUACUGGCGACAGGCCCUAUGUUUGCCCAUUUGAUGGCUGCAAUAAGAAGUUUGCGCAAUCAACUAACCUGAAAUCUCACAUUUUAACACAUGCUAAGGCCAAAAACAACCAGUGAAGGUUGGAGGAAAAGUUCUUGAACUCAAACCAUCUUACAGGAGAAUGAAUUGAAAAUAAAUACGCUUCCCCUUUGUAUAUUGUUUCUAGGAAAGAAUUUUAAAAAAAAAAGAA